GGCGGGAGAGGUGCGGCCUCGCGGUGCGGGCAGCAGACGCCGCCGGGAUGGAGGCGGCGCGGGAGGCCGGCCGGGGCGCGGCGCCCUGGAGGGCCAUGUCCGCAGAGGAGCUGGAGAAGCAGUACAGCCCCAGCAGGUGGGCCGUCCGGCGUGGACCGGAGGAAACCCUGAAGACCUACUCGGAGAUAGGAAUCGCGGCCACGGCGAGGGCGCGGGCGGCGCGGAGGAGCCUGCUGGGCGUCCCCUACGGCGCCGCGGCCGCGGAGGCGCUGGACGUCUACCUGCCCGAGGCGGCGGCGGAGGACGCCCGGCCGCUCCUCGUGUUCCUCCACGGCGGAUACUGGCAGGCGGGAAGUAAAGACGAGUCGGCCUACAUGGUGGGCCCCCUGACGGCGCGGGGCGUGGUGGUGGCGGUGGUGGGCUACGCCCUGGCCCCCGGAGCGACCCUGGACCAGAUGGUGGACCAGGUGGCCCGCAGCAUCGUCUUCCUGCAGGAGCGCUUCCCGAGCAACCAGGGGAUGUACCUGUGCGGACACUCGGCCGGGGCCCACCUGGCCGCCAUGAUGCUCCCGGUGGACUGGACCGAGUGGCCAGUCACGCCCAACCUCAAAGCCUUCUUCCUGGUGAGCGGGGUCUACGACUUGGAGCCCCUGGUGCACACCUCCGUGAACGCCCCUCUGCGCCUGACCCCGGAGGACGCCCGCAGGAACAGCCCGCAGAGGCUCCUGGAGGCGGCAGCCGCGCAGCCCGGGGGUCCGGCUGGCCCGGUGCUGGUGAUCGUGGGCCAACACGACAGCCCCGAGUUCCGCCGGCAGGCCCGGGAGUUCUGCCAGACGCUGUGCCGCGGCGGGUGGCGGGCCUCCCUGGAAGAGGUCCCCGACGUGGACCACUUCGAGAUCCUCUGGAAGCUGGCGGAGCAGGACGACGUGCUCACCCAGAAAUCUAGCCCCUGGAAGAAAAGGUGCCAGAAUACAAGGAUACUCUCACAAAGUGUUUCCUGCCGGCAGAAAGAGAACAGCUGAGGGGCCCACUGGGAGUGUUUGUUAGCAAGCCAAGGGACAGCCGGACUCCAGGAGAAGGUGGGGGACUGACUGCUGGCGGGGUUCCUCUGACAGGGAAGCACCCACGGCGGCUGCUGGGUCCCCUCCCGGAGCUACGGGCUCGGACAAGGAAAUCUCACCAUCUUGAAAGGAAAAGUGGAUCUUGUCAGAGGCCUGAAUGUCCACAGCUGCGGCAACCGCCAAGCAGCUGUGAGCCCCAGAACACCGGUCCCAGGUGGCGCGAAUACUUGGACUCAAAGGAGCUCUCCACCCAACACGGAAAGGAGAGCGAGAACUACCAGACAUCCUGAGAAGAGAGACCAUGGGGAGACUAAACGAAUGAGAGACAAGCAACCUAUCGGAGCAAGAAUUCAGAGAAAUGGUCAUAAGGUGGCUGAAAAGAAUGGAACUCAAAUUUGACAAUAUGAGUAAGAAUCAAGAGGAAAUGAAGAACCAAGAA